AUGGAGGAAGAGGAAACAAAGUCGACAUCAUUCUCAGAGUUAGGUUUAUCGGGACCCCUUCUUGAGGCCCUUAACCAGUUUAAAUUUUCGAAACCUACUCCCAUUCAAAUCGAAUGUAUUCCUCCUGGAAUCGAAGGCCGUGAUAUCAUUGGAAUCGCUCCUACAGGGUCCGGCAAAACAGCCGCAUUUGCUCUCCCGAUUUUGCAUCAUCUUUGGGAUAAUCCUCAAGGCCUAUUUGCAUGUGUUCUAUCCCCCACUCGAGAGCUGGCUUAUCAAUUAGCCUCCCAAUUCGAUGCCCUUGGAGUAGCCAUCGGUGUCAGAACGACUGUCAUUGUUGGUGGGGAUGAGGAUCGUGUGAGGCAGGCGGUGAUGUUGGCGAAGAGGCCGCAUAUUGUCGUCGCAACCCCGGGACGGCUACUUGAUCAUUUGAAGGUGACGAAGGGGUUCAGUUUGAGAAGUAUAAAAGUUUUGGUGCUUGAUGAAGCCGACCGUCUCCUGGAGUCUGACUUUGGCAUUGCAGUAGACGAAAUCCUCAAAACAUUGCCCAAAGAACGUACCACUUAUCUCUUUUCCGCCACGUUGACGGACAAGGUGGCUAAACUUCAGCGCGCGAAUCUCCGCAAUCCUGCACGUGUGCAGGUCUCUACAAAGCAAGUCUAUCUAUAA